CAUAAUUUCCAUUUCAGUCUUCAUAGUUUACUUUUAAUACGCAAUUUUUGUUUUACAUUAUUUUUAAAUGUAGCUUAAGUGUUUUAUAUAUAUUUUUUUAUAAUGUUUAGAAAAUACUUAAAUCUUUAUAAUUUUGUUUGUACGCAAUUCAAUUAAUAUCAAUUUGAUAUUGAUUUUUUAAAAUUUUUUUAAACUAAUUAUUUAAGGCUAUCUCUUUUUAAAUGGCGAAUGAAAUUGUGUAUGGAACACAGGAUGACAGCCACAUCGUCAUGUCUGAAAAGGUGCAAUCAUUGGCAGGCAGCAUAUAUCAAGAGUUCGAGAAGAUGAUAGCCAAGUACGAUGAAGAAGUGGUUAAAAACUUGAUGCCUUUGGUAGUCAAUGUGUUGGAGUGUUUAGACCUGUCACAUACAGAAAAUCAAGAACAUGAAGUGGAAGUUGAGUUGUUACGUGAAGACAACGAACAACUUGUUACCCAAUAUGAAAGAGAGAAACAACUACGGAAAUCUGCUGAGCAGAAAUUAUUGGAAAUGGAUUACGAAUUGGAUGAUUUUAAAAAAGAAUACCAAAGUAAAAUUGAAAGUCUAGAAUCGAUUGUUAGAAUGCUAGAACUAAAAGCUAAGAACGCUUCGGAUCAUGUCUACAGGUUAGAAGAAAAAGAACAAGACAUGAAACAAGAGUACACAAAAUUGCAUGAACGUUAUACGGAAUUGUUCAAAACACAUAUGGAUCACAUAGAAAGAGCCAAAAUGCUAAUGGGAUCCGGUGAUCGCAUGGACAGCACUAGAAGCAUUCGAAUGCCGUUUAUGAGCAUGGCACACAUGAGCCGAUCUUCAGGGCCCGUUUCUUUUGGAUUCAGUUCUCUCGAAGGACCGUCUACGCUCAAAUCAAUUGAUGUGUCCAAUGAAUAUCCAAUAAUUGCUUCUAAUUCACCACCUGGAAGUAUGCAAUCUAAUUCUAGUCUUAAAAAUGAACUGCAAAUUCAGGAUCAAGAAAACUCUGAAGCAGAAUCUCGUCUUCGUAAUGAUCCACUAUCGGAACGGGGAUGGUCUGAAACCUUAAAUUCUAUGAGCAAAGCGGAUAGUAGUCCCGAUGAAGUGCCUGAAAUAGUAGAAGAAGCUGAAACAACACCUAGAAAUUCUGUUUUAAUGCAGAGUGGUCGAAGUCAUACACAAAGAGAACAGAGGACUGCUUCUAAUGUUCUAUACCAAGAAUUUAGUUUUCAAGAUAACGAAGGUCAAAAUGAAAUCGAAGAAAUGCCGGAUAUUACAGGCAAUUGGGUACAUCCCGGUGAUUAUGCAUCUUCAGUCAGCAGUGAGACUGAACCUGAGACUCCGCUCUCAAUAGUUAACGAUAACUUUUUCGGAAUGGGAAAAGAAGUUGAAAAUCUCAUAAAAGAAAAUACAGAGCUGUUGGCAACCAAAAAUGCCCUCAAUAUUGUUAAAGAUGAUUUAAUUAUUAAAGUAGAUGAAUUAACAAGUGAACAACAUAUUUUACGUGAACAAGUCAAAGCGUUGCAAACUGUUAAUGUUCGCUUAACUCAAAAAGCUGACGAAGCUGAAGAAGAUUUGAAAAAAACAAAACAAGAAUUAGAACAGCUAAAAGCUAAUAAAUCCGAUUCUGAUGAAGAAAAAUCAUAUGCGGAACGUAAACGUUUUACUCGUGUCGAAAUGGCCAGAGUCAUUCUGGAGCGUAACAAAUUUAAAGAACAGCUUAUGGAUUUGGAGGAAUCACUUCGUUGGCAAGAAACUGUACGUGCAAUUCGGUUGGAGCCAAACGAGAAAAAAAAACAGGGUGUGUGGAGACUGUUUAGCAGCUUGUUUGGAAGUGGUGCCAAACCUAAUGAUACAGGACUUGGAAGUGGAAGUAGCGGAGGAGGCGUAAUGGCACAGCGUCCUAGAUCUAUUCAUUAUGACCCAUCGUCACAUCAGGUGGGACCAUCUAGUAUAAUGAAAAGACGUAGUAUGAUUGAAGGUGGACGAUAUGGUCGAUACGAAGACGAUAUAUAUGCAGAUAAAUCAAAGAGACCUGAUAGACGAGUACAUUUUAGUCGUAUUCGCACUCAUAUACCUAGGGAGGAUAGUUGGUUACAAGCCUACGGGUGGAGUAUGCCAGCUGAUACGUCAGCAAGCAGACCCAUGUUAAACACACCACAACAACCCGACAAUUCAGGAACAAGCUACCCAGUUCCGGUUCUAGUUAAUUGUUGUUCACCUCUUGCAGACACAGAACCCGGAAUGAAAAUGUGGUGUGCAACUGGAGUCAAUCUCAGUGGUGGUGUUACACGCGACGGUGGAUCAAUUGUUGGAGCUAGCGUAUUUUACAAAGACAAUGGUACAGAUAAAAAUGAUAGUAAAGAUGACGAUAAUGAAAAACUAGAGAUUACAGACGAAAGUAUGGAAAUGAAAAAAUUAGAUGACGAAUUAAUGGAAAAUAGUAGAACGAAUAUAGAAUCUGAGAUGGUGUUGUCUUCACUAAUAUGGAUUUGUACUACGUCCAAUAAUAACAGCAAAGUAGUUAUCAUUGAUGCAAACAAACCUGAUAUUGUAUUAGAGACGUUCAAUAUAUCUUGUCAGGCUCAUAUUGGUUGUAUAGCUUCAGUACCAGGUGCUUUAGAGAGUGAUUAUACAGAUAAAAAUGAUGUUAUAAAUUGUGAACUUGAAAAAACUGAAGAGGUUACUGAAAAAGAUAAACAAGUACCGGAAGAGAAUAAACGCGAUGUGGAAAUUGGUAAAAUAGUUUUUGUCAGCUGUGCAACGGGAAGCGAAGAAAGUAAUAUAAUCAAAGAAAAUGAAAACGAAGAACUUCCUCAAAGUGAAGAAAAUUCGUCUGGUAUAGAAGCUUUAUGUGACGAUAGCGUAACAGAGACUGAUCAGCCAGAUAGUAAUAAUAUCGUACCAAAGAAAUCUAGUAUUAUGAAAGAAGGUAUCAUAAAGGAUGGAUUACUCGACCCGCCUAAUGAUAUUGGAGUGGCUAAAGAAGACUUGGAUAAAAUGUCUAGCGUUUUACCUACCGUGUGGUUGGGUUUUGAAAACGGUUGUAUUUUUGUUCAUUCGGCUAAAUCGCAAUGGAGAAAAUGUUUACAUUCAGUCAAAUUAAAAGACGCCGUUCUUAGCAUUGUUUAUGUCGAUAGUCGCGUAUUAUGUGCUUUGGCCAAUGGUACUGUGGUUGUGUUUCAACGUGAUGCAGACGGUUGUUGGGAUUUAAGUAAAUACUACAGCGUCACUUUAGGACCGCCUCAGAAUGCAGCGCGGUGUUUAGUAUCCGUCAACAGUAAAAGAGUUUGGUGCGGUUAUAAAAACAAAAUUCACAUUUUACAUCCUCGAUCAUUAGUAGUUAUUCAUACUCUAGAAGCUCAUCCUCAUAAAGAGAGCAAAGUACGCACUAUGGUUUGGGUGGGAGAUGGUGUAUGGGUGUCCAUACGUCUGGAUUCCACAAUACGACUAUAUCAUGCAUACAACUAUUCCCAUUUACAAGAUGUGGACGUACAACCAUUUAUAAUAAAAAUGCUUGGUUCAGAUAAACCUCAUUUAUCGUGUAUUCGCAUCACAGCUAUGUUAGUUGCUUCAAAUAGACUCUGGAUCGGUACUGGAAUUGGUGUUGUUAUAUCAGUUCCUCUAUUAGAUAAAGGUCUAUUGGGCUUCUCGAUUAAUAAAGAAGCAAAAGUUUUUUCUGAGCCUAAAACUCAAGAAGUGACUCCCAGUAGUUUUACACCUUAUUGCUCAAUGUCUCAAGCUCAAUUGUCUGUGCACGGCUUUAGAGAUUCAGUAAAAUUCUUUGUUUCAGUACCCGGAUCCGGAGGUUUUUCAGCCGCAACAGCCAUUCAACAGGAUGGUCCUAUUGUUGAAAGUGUACCAGACGCCGAACAUUUGAUAUCGACUUUAAUCAUUGCCGGUGGCGAAGGCUACAUAGAUUUUAGAUCUGAUGAACAAGAAGACAGCGACUACCUCGACCGUACAGAAAAACACCAGUUAUUCCUCUGGGAAGUUUUAUCGGAAAUUAAGAAUAAAUCUAGGACAAAAAUGGAUUCCAUUAUCAAAUAAAAGAUGGUUGACAAUUAAAAAAAAAAGAUAAAUAUAUAUGUUAUGGUUUUUUUUUCCAUUUUAAAGUGCCAUUAUUUAUUUUAAUCUGUUUUUAUAAGAUUUUUUUCUCAUAUUAUUAACUAUUAUACAUCCUUUUUAUAUUAUGCUAACAGCUAUUUUGUUACCUUACAUCUUAAAUAUACCCUUGUUUUUUGUUUUUAUUUUAUUUAUAUGCUAUCAUGUUUGUGCUGUGAUUUAUAUCUCAAUAAGUACAAUUAACUAUGUAUUAUUGUUUUUGUGACGAAAAAUUUUGUUUUUUUUUUAUUAUAUAUAAUUAGAACGAAUUGAAUUGUUUUUGAACCAACUUUAAACAAUUCAAUUCGUUUUAAUUAUUUAUUUUUACUAUGAAUUAAAAACUAUAGUAUCACAUCCAAUGUCUUAUGUUUUUAGUGCAUGCAUAUUUGUUAAUCUUUUGUUUUAUUAGCCUUCAUUAAACAAUAUUACUAAUUUUAAGGCAAAAAUGUUUAUUAA